CCAACAGCCCCGCUCUUGGCUGCCCGGCCACCGGCUCUGGGUGGGGGGGGAACUUAGCACCAACUUUGUGGUCGGAGGUGUUGUGUUGUGUCGUGUCGGGGAGAGAAGGGGAAGGCAGGGAGGAAAGAGGAAGCGGCGUGGCAAUGUUUUCCUUCCCUGUGAAGUGAUCACCUCGCCCCCGGCUGUGGCCAUUUGUUUACAACUUUUUUUUAUUUUUUACUAAAAAAGAAAAGAGAAGAAAGAAUCGGGGCCCGGGAUCCCCUCACCCCCGGGAGCUUCAAGUCAGUACAAACACAGCAGCAGCAGCAGCAGCAGCUUCCUCCCCUCUCACUCACACACAGACCCCAUGCCGCGGUGCAGGGAGAGUUUCCUGCUCCUGGAACAGGCCGUCACCGUGGAAUCCAAGGAGAUCGACGCGCUGGUGGCGAAGAUCGGGGAGACGCUGCAGCUGCAACGCAAACCCAGCGGCGGCGGCGGCGGCGGAGGAGGAGGAGUGUCGGCCAACAGCAACAGCAACAUUACCAGCAACAGCAGCAGCAGCAACAACAUCAGCAUCACCAAGCGCCGCAUCUGCUGUAUCAGCCAACAGCGCAGCAGCCCGUACCGCAUCCCCGCCCCGGCCCGAGCCCUCACAGCCCGGGGCUCCCUCUACACCGACCGCAGGAAGCGAGCCGCCGCCGAGCAGCACACGGACCCUCACCACAUGCUGCAGGAACUGAUCCUGUCCGGGAACCUCAUCAAGGAGGCGGUCAGGCGGCUCCACGCCGAGACCGACUAUGUGAACGGCUUAGCCGACGAGCUGCAGUAG